AUGCGGCUGUGCAGCACACCUAAACCAGGGUGCACCGAUGCGUCUUCUGAAGGUGGCAUGACAGUCGGCCACCUUAGACCCGGUGAAGCUUUCCGGGACAUGAGCGUAGGUAUUGCGCUGCUUUUUCGGCUCAGUCGCUAUCGCUACCCUGUCUAUAGCACCGGACCCCAUAUCGAGACGCCCAGAUAUCUGACUUUGCGUGUAGAUGGGAUUCCAAUUAGGAGCUCGCGCGACGCAUUUGAAAGUGAUCUAGAAUGCAUAACGAGCCAGAGUCCAGAUCUGCGGAAUGUCGUCGAUAAACUGGUUAUACGCUCUUUUGUACCAAAAGAUCGGUAUUCUAUUUGCGCCACAGUCACGAUCAGAACACGUGUGCCCGAGGAUGUACUGCUAUAUCGACUUAAACAUGCUAGUGACGAGCACCCGUAUCGCUACGACUGCACAUUCUACGGUAUCACGCCACUUUACGAAGAUAAAAGCGCUAUAAAGUGUGAUAUCAUCGCUGUACGUGGCCUCGCAAGCCAUGCGAUCGGUUCGUGGAAAUCUCCCAAGAGCAACGACAUCUGGCUUCGCGACUGGCUUCCCGAAGACAUACCAAAUGUUCGAGUUCUCCUCUAUGGGUACGAUACCACACUACUGAAGAAUACGUCGAAAGCCUCGAUCGAGGACCUGGGACAGCGAUUGUUGGAGAGCCUAAUAGCUUUUCGAACAAGUGACAAGACGGAGCGUCGCUCGGUCGUAUUUAUCGGCCAUAGCCUUGGUGGUCUACUGAUUAAAGAGGCAUUGCUUCGCGCAUAUUGGAGUCCUGACGUGAACAAGGAACACAAGCUUCUUUACACGAUCUGUAACGGCUUGCUCUUCUUUGGCGUUCCAAAUCAUGGUUUACGAAAUGAGAAGCUCUCGAGCAUCAUUAGUGGUCAGCCGAAUCAGGCUUUAAUCAAUUCCUUAGUUGUGGACAAUGAGUCGGAACCAUCCCCGUUUUUAAGAAGGCUAUCGGCCGAUUUUGCUAGAUGCUUCAAGGGUCAACAGCGAGUUAUCUCGUUCUAUGAACGCAAAUUGAGCACAACUGUGGAGAUGCACCUAGAUGGAAAGUUACGCAAGUCUGGCCCAUUGGCGCUUAUGGUAACAAAGCAGUCGGCAACAAGCACAGGUUUGACAGCGGUGCCCGAUGAAGACAAUAUCCCAUUCGACACAGAUCAUUCUGGACUCGUCAAGUACGAGGAUAGGGGGCAAGAUGCCUAUCACAUCGUGAAGGAGCGGUUGCGGACUCUUAUUCAUGAGCUGUAGAGAGGUUUGGGAUAAGCCACCAUCCGAACAGGAGUUUUACUCAACAUGGAUCUAUCUUUGGCGGGAAAUAUAUAAUACACGGAGGAACGAUAUAUCAAGG